AUCCCUCACUAUAUACUUUCUUUUCAGUUAACAACAUCGCGCACCCCUCUCCGAUCUAUCACUUUACUUCGAUUCCUUCCUUUUUCUAUCGCCAUUAUCAUAUCUCAAUUUCUCUCCAAUCGUUUACCUCUUCUUUUGUAUUUUUGUUUGUUAAAACAAUAAUACCAAAGAUUUAGGGUUUUUCACUCACUCACCUUUUUUCUCCUGGAUCUGUAAAUAGAGCUAGGAGAAGCAUUGCAUGUUUGUUCUACUCUAGAAUUUUAUUUUACCUAAUUAUUGUUAUAAUUAUUAUGGCGUCUUCGUACCAGGGGUCCGUUAGUGCUGCUCAGGUUGGUUCUUACUUCGUGGGACAGUACUAUCAAGUUCUUCGUCAACAACCUGAUCUUGUUCAUCAGUUUUACUCUGAUUCCAGCUCCAUGAUUCGUGUUGAUGGUGAUUAUACUGAGACCGCACCCGAUGUGUUGCAAAUUCACAACAUUGUGACGUCGCUGAACUUUUCUACAAUUGAGAUCAAGACGAUCAAUUCUCUUGACUCUUGGGAUGGAGGAGUGCUUGUAAUGGUUUCGGGUGUUGUUAAAAUCAAGGACGUCAACAUGAGACGGAAGUUUGUUCAAUCAUUCUUCCUUGCCCCACAGGAGAAGGGUUAUUUUGUACUCAAUGAUAUAUUUCAAUUCGUUGACGAUGAUGUAGUGCAUCCAAAUUUUGUACCUGCGGCAUCUGAAAAGAUUGACUUGCAGCCACAUGUAUCUGCUUUGUUUCCUGAGCCAUCAGAUACAGUGAUUCCAGCUUUGGACUAUGGUUUGGAGGAAGAAGCCAGGGAGUAUGUCAAUUCAGUUCAUAUAGAUGAUGAUCCAGUGGACAAGUACAGUCUUCCUGAGCAGCAACACCAACUACAAGAAGAUCUCGAGACCGAAGUUGUGGUGGAGGAAACUCCUGCACAAGAAGCAUCUCCACCAGUGCAUAAUGCUUCACAUACUAUCCGUGAAACGCCUAUUGCUCUUUUGGAAGAGUCUUUUGAGGAGCCAGCUAAGAAAACUUAUGCAUCUAUUUUACGCGUCUCUAAAGGCGAAACAGUGUUGUCAGCUGCUCCCCAACAUGCCCCAAAGCAUUCUUUUAAAAGUGCUCCUCCAUCAGAGCUUAAUCAUGUGGCGCAGCCUGCUGUUCAGCAAUCAGUCGCACAGCCUGCAUUUCAGCAGUCAACCCCAGCAUCCGCGUAUGUUUCUGAGUCUGGGGGAGAAGCAGCAGAAGAAGGCUACAGAUUUGAAGAAGAUGAAGUGACAUCCGUCUAUGUGAGAAACCUGCCUGCUGAUAUUACCGAAGCUGAGAUUGACCAGGAAUUUAAGAAUUUUGGGAGAAUUAAGCCGGAUGGAAUAUUUGUAAGGGUCCGACAGGAAAUUGGUGUUUGCUACGCAUUUGUGGAAUUCGAAGACAUUGUUGGUGUUCAAAAUGCGCUACAGGCGUCUCCCAUACAAUUGGCUGGAAGACCAAUAUACAUAGAGGAGCGAAGACCAAGCAGUAGCAGUGCCGUUCGAGGAGGAAGUAAUGUCUUUUUCCGUCAAUUUCGUACUCUUUCCAAAGAGGAAGGGGAAGAGGCAGAGGUGGUUAUCAAACAGAUGCUCCAAGAGGGCGUUUUGGUGGUAGGAGCUCGGGAAGGGGAAAUUUUCAGGAUACUUCAGACUAUACCAGACCAAGAGGCGAUGGUUAUCUUCAGCGUGGUUCACGAUAAGGAAAAUGUCUUUAAAAUUAUGCUUGAAUAAUUAGUAAAAUAUGUGUUUGAUUCAGUAUCUAAUGCAACAUUUUCCUUCUGUGGUUUCCUGAAAAGAGUCUUACGUGUUGGGUGUCUUUAUGUUAAAAGCCAUUGAGACUUUCUAGUUUGUUUUGCAAGUAUAGAUCAGGUAGUUCCCUUUGAAUGAUUUUUAUGAUGCCAUUCAGGUGGGAAAUUUUGUUAUUUGUAUUGACCUCAUAUGUCAGGAUUGUGGAGGUUUUCCUUAAUGAGAAAAGGUGUUGAUUUAAAAAAAAAAAGAUGUGGAAGUUGUGCUGAUCGUCA